UCCAGCCCAUCCCAAGAUGGCGGAGAUCCCCCUGUACUUUGUGGACUUGCAGGAUGACUUAGACGACUAUGGAUUUGAAGAUUGUGGUCCAGACUGUGACAACGGGAGGGUCACGGCUUUUUUGGACAUCCCUGGCCAUGAUAACCUGCCCCUGCUCACUCGCUUGGAAAAGCACGCGUUCAGCGAGAAUGUCUUCAGCCGUCAGAUUGUCGCCAGAGGACUACUGGAUGUCUUCCGGGAUGUCAGCCACAGUGACAAGGACAUACUGGCAGUCAUGGAGGUGGCUGUCCGACUGUCAGAAGAUGCAGAGCCCACAGUGCGAACUGAGCUGAUGGAGCAGAUCCCGCCUGUCGUCGCUUUCUUACAAGAAAGCAGGUUGGAUUUUCCUGUGGUGGUCUCCCAGUACCUCGUGCCUGUUAUUGUGCGGUACCUCGUGGAUCCAGACAAGCAGGUCAGAAAAUCCAGCCAGGAGGUGCUGCUGGCUCUUGUGGAGCAAGGUCUAAUUUCCCAGUGCGACAUCGAAGGCAAAGUGUGUCCCAUUCUGCUGGAGCGCUCUGCUGCUGACUGUGACGAUGAGUGGCAGAGCAGAGGCCAUGAGUAUGAGACUGUGUGCUGGACCCUUUCUGGGAGUUACAGUUCAGAGCUGCAGGAUCGGCCUGGCCUGGAUGAUGAAUGCCGGAGGUUGUCAUCUGUUCGUGAUUGGAAUGGCUGACAUCAAGGAGGACAGGGAGCAGAAGAGAACAGGAAUAGGAGAGGCCAGGGCCAGAUCCAGUCCCAGAUGCCCUCAUUACCUCUUUCAUCCCAGACAGGCCCCUCCACCCCGAUAAUCUGCAGAAUGGCGUCCAUGCUGAAGAAGAACAUAGUUAAGCGCCUGCUGCUGCCUCGGUUCUGUGAACUGUGCAGCGAUGGGAAACUCUUCCAAGUUCGAAAGGUAUGCGCCACGCAUUUUGGUGAUAUUUGUCAUGCUGUUGGACAAGAAGCCACCGAGCAAUUUUUGAUACCAACGUUUUUUGAGCUCUGCUCCGAUAACAUGUGGGGGAUGCGGAAAGCAUGCACGGAGUGCUUCAUGGCUGUGAGCUGCAACACCUCCCCUGAGGUCCGUAGGACCCAGCUCUCGCCCCUCUUCAUCAGACUCAUCAGUGAUCCCUGUCGAUGGGUGCGCCAAGCGGCCUUUCAGUCACUCGGCCCCUUUAUCUCCACAUUUGCAAACCCACCCCAAACUGGCCUGUCCAUUCGGGAGGAUGGCACCCUGAGCAUCAGGCCACCGAGCCAAGAGGUGAACUCUGGGUUUGCCUCUGGACCACCCAGGCCCACCAGUUGCACUGCAGACUCCUCAAACGGUCCUAAAGCAGCAGUGCACGUGGAGCCAGACCUGCUUCCAGAAGAGGCCUCGGUCAGGACCGGUCACCGGCAUGACAGCAGCUCCUCUGCAGUCACUGCAGAGAGCCAGCCACAGAGCUCUUCUCCAACCUUAGCUGAGAGGAUUGGGGCUUUCCCAGAGCUCCCAGGGGGCAGUGGCUGCCUCAGCAACAGUGACCAUGAAGCAGGUCCAGGGACUUCUGAGGACACGUUCAGUACUUUCCUGUAUUGGCGAACUCCUCUGCCUGACAUAAGCAAAGAAGUGGAGGUGCUUCUGAGUGGGGCUGGACCCCUGGAAGAGAGCCACAGUGGACCUGAGGCUACAUGUGACAGCUGUGUGGCCAGAAGCGAAAUCCAGAAAGUCCUGCAGAGUCUGCAGGGGCAUUUGCUGCAGGACCCAGACAUUCAAGCUCAAGUUCAGGUAUUAUCUGCCGCACUGAGAGCAACGCAGCUCGACUCCACUCAUGAACCCGAGGGCAGGCAGACAGAAGGUCUAAACGAAGAGCCCGUUUCAGAUCCCAGCCCUGUCUCCGACAAUCAUAUCCUCCUGUCGGCUUCAUCAUCUCAGAAUGAGCUCUCCGUGGCCAGGAUAUUACAGAGCACAGAUCAAACUGAGCCUCAGAAUAGAAGCAGUGAGCACCUGGAGACGGAGGCACUUGAGGAGCACAGAUCUAAAGUACAGGAUAUAAUCCCUCAGCCUCUGCUCGACCAGUUCGUGUCCAUGACUGACCCAGCUAGAGCCCAGACUGUGGACACUGACAUCGCCAAGCACUGUGCCUACAGCCUCCCUGGGGUGGCCCUGACCCUCGGCCGGCAGAACUGGCACUGCUUGAAGGACACAUAUGAAAUGUGUGAAGGACACAUCUGGCUUCUGAUGUGGAAGGUCCGGCGGACCCUCGCCUUUUCCAUUCAUGAGCUGGCAGUGAUUCUCGGGGAUCAGUUGACAGCAGCCGACCUGGUUCCCAUCUUCAGUGGGUUUUUAAAGGAUCUGGAUGAAGUGCGUGUAGGAGUCCUUAAACACCUGUAUGACUUCCUAAAGCUGCUCCAUGAAGACAAGAGGAGAGAGCACCUCCGCCAGCUGCAGGAGUUUGUAGUGACGGACAGCAGCAAGAACUGGAGGUUCCGAUACGAACUAGCAGAGCAGCUGAUCCUCAUCUUGGAACUCUACAGCGCCAGCGACGUUCAUGGUUACCUGAGGCACGUCGCCCUGAAGUUAUGUGCAGACAAAGUUUCUCAAGUGCGCUGGAUUUCCUUCAAGCUAGUGGUGGCCAUGCUGCGGAAGUUCUACUCCCAUGGCGCGUGUGCUCAGGGGCUCAGUUUCAUGCAGGAGCUCGUCUCCAGGUUCUGGCACUGCCCUAAGUGGGGUGGAAGGCAAGCUUUUGCCUGCAUCUGUCAGGCUGUGGUCAAUGAAGAGUCUGUUCCUGUGGACCAAUUUGUGGAGCACUUGCUUCCCAGCCUCCUGAGCCUGGCAUCGGAUCCUGUGCCAAAUGUGAGGGUUCUGCUGGCCAAGGCCCUGCGGCAGACACUGCUGGAGAAGGCAUAUUUUAGAAAUGCCGGGAACCAUCAUCUUGAAGUUGUUGAAGAGACUCUCUUGGCUCUGCAGUCUGACCUGGACCAAGAUGUUUCAUUUUUUGCUUCCCUAGAACCAAAGAUGCAGACUGCAAUAGACACCACUAUACUGGAAAAGUAAAGCCACACACAACCUUGUCAUGGGUGCACAGGGAUGGCUUCAGUGUACACAUGCCUGUCACUUGAAGGGGAUCCAAUUGUAUUGGAGCUUCUGAAGGAGGCCUAUUUCAGGUGAUAGGGCAGCCCUGUGCUUCCCACCUGUGCAGACUUGAUCCUUUGCAGUUUAGAAAGGUUGUGGAUCUCGGCACCAGUGACUCUCUGGCUUCCACACGAUCAGCUGUGACCAGCCGUUUGUGUUUUAGGAGAGACUGUGUUACUUAAACUCCCACCCCCACCCCCCAUCCCCGCCACCAGAGUGUGGUAUAGUUUGUUCACAUCUGUAACCCCAGCACCUAAGAGACUGGGACAGGGAGAUCAAGAGUUCAAGGUCAAUCUAAAGAAUUCCAGGCCUGCCUAUCCAAGGAAACCCUAUCCAAGGAAACCAAACGUAAAUACAGCUUCCCUUGCCAAUAAAGUAAUUUAAUAAAAGCUUGUAUGUUUUCUCUGGGCUUGCUGCCCUAAUCCUUUCUGAGAAAAUGGAGUUUAUGGCAUUGUAUUUUAUCUCCAGCUGAAAUACUGUACAUAUGUAAAUAACUUGACAGGAAGAAAAUAUAUGACUGUAACACUGGCCUCCCAACAGUGGACAAACACGUCGUGGGAAGUCGUGACCUGCUCUGGAACUGUUGCACGUGCAGCUGCUUUGGUGACCUUUGAACUGUGUCCUCUGCUGUGGGCUCCCCUAGGGUCAUGUAUUGUUGU